ACGUACACACACAGAAAGAGCAGAGAGGAGGCUCUCUAACCUCGAGCUUGGAGAGCCACAGUCACCAAAUUGUGGUCGUGAAAAUAGCUAAACAAUUGUUUUGCGUGAGAAGCUGUGCUUCUUUAUUCUUGGAAAUUGGCCAACGAUUUCUUUCACCAAACAGUAUUUGGAAUAUAAAAAAGCAUCAUUUGUUAGCAAAUAGGCAAUAUCAAGCAGUUUUUUUUUUUUUUUUUCAUUAUGCAAUUUCAGAUACCCAGAUGGCGAAACUUGUCGAUGAUCAAGAAUUCAUUGAUUUCAUCAACUCCAACAGCAACCCAUUUUGCUUCGUUUCAUUCUACCCCCACUUCGUUCCAGAAGUGGGAGAACCAGUGGAAAUCUGAUAUAAGAGGAGGUCAGGAACCAACUAAGAAAAAUAUCAGAUAUGCAAUACGUCAAAAGCGUGCUGAUGCAAAGAGAGCUUUAAAAGACCUCCUCUACAAAAGUGGGUCCUCAAAUUUUUUGAAAGAGGAUCUUCAAGAUCAAAUUGUAAGAUCGGAUGGAAGAUCCCAGAUUUUAUAG